GUUCACUGUGCCUUACGAACCUGAGCAAGGCUUUGGGGAUUACGAAGUAGUCAGUGGAGAGAGGCAUUUCAGGAGCUGUAGAGCUGGGUCAUCGACAUGUCUACAUUGUGGCUGCUUCUGGGCCUCCUUGCCCUGACUGACUCAUCUGAAAGCAGCGACUGGGGAUGCUAUGGAAACAUCCAAACCUUGGCCACCCCUGGGGCAUCUUGUGGGAUUGGAAGACCCCGUGGCCUGAAUUACUGUGGAGUUCGUGCUUCCGAAAGGCUGGCUGAAAUAGACAUGCCAUACCUACUGAAAUAUCAACCCGUGAUGCGAACCGCUGGCCAAAAGUACUGCAUGGAUCCUGCCGUGAUUGCUGGUGUCUUGUCCAGGGAGUCUCGGGGUGGCAACGUUCUGGUCAACGUGGGCAACAUGGGCGACAGGAUUGGGGUGGUGCAGGACGCUGGCUUGUCUGCACCCACAUCCUGGAUUAGCGAGUCUCAGGUUUCCCAGAAGACUGAGAUUCUUACUACUAGAAUCAAAGAAAUCCAGAGGAGGUUUCCAACCUGGACCCCUGACCAGCACCUGAGAGGUGGGCUCUGUGCCUACAGCGGGGGUGCUGGCUAUGUCAGAAGCAGCGAAGACCUGAGCUGUGACUUCUGCAAUGAUGUCCUUGCCCGAGCCAAAUACCUCAAGAGACACGGCUUCUGAGGCUUCUAACGAAACUGGAGAUCAUUAUCACAUUGUUGAUCAUUGCCUCUAUUGUUACAUAGAUAAAACGAGCCAAUGGGGCCUCUAACUGUAAGUCUGAGUUUGACCUGAAGGUCAUGAGAGUAGCAUGAAUCACAUUAAAGGAAGAAUUAUUACCUGCA